AUGUUUUUAAAUAAAUUAAUUAAAAAUAAAUAUAAACAAAAUUUCUUUAGUUUUAAAAACUAUUGUACAAUUAAUAAUAAUAAACCAUUAAAUGGAUUUAAAAUUUUAGAUUUAUCAAGAGUAUUAGCAGGACCAUACGCAACACAAAUAUUUGGAGAUUUAGGAGCACAAGUUAUAAAGGUUGAAAAUGUUGGUAAAGGUGAUGAUACAAGACAAUAUGGACCACCAUUUUAUGUUGAUGAACAAGGUAGAAAAGGUAGUGCCUAUUUUAGUUGUGCAAAUAGAAAUAAGAAAUCGAUUGCAUUGGAUAUUUCAACAAAGGAAGGUCAAGAUAUAGUUUAUUCAUUAGCAAAGGAAUCAGAUGUUUUCAUUGAGAAUUUUAAAGUUGGUGGAUUAAAAAAGUAUUCAUUAGAUUAUGAAACCAUUAAACAAAUUAAUCCAUCGAUUAUCUAUUGUUCAAUCACUGGAUUUGGACAAGAUGGUGAGUAUAGUAAAUUACCAGGUUAUGAUUUUAGUGUUCAAGCAAUGGGUGGUUUAAUUUCAAUUACAGGUGAUAAAGAGAAUCCAUAUAAAUGUGGUGUGGCAAUUGUUGAUAUGAUGACAGGACUCUAUGCAAAUAUUGCCAUUCAAGCUGCACUUCAUCAUAGAGAGAAAUCCAAAGAUAAAAAAGGUCAAUAUAUAGAUGUUAGUCUAUUGGAUGUUCAAGCUUCUUUCUUGGCAAAUCAUGGUUCAAGUUAUUUAGUAACUGGUGAAACCUCUGAACGUGUUGGUAAUUCUCAUCCAAGUAUUUCACCUUAUGAUUCUUUAAAAACUAAAGAUGGUUUCAUGGUAGUUGCAAUUGGUAAUAAUACUCAAUUUCAAUCAAUGUGUAAUGUUUUAGGUUUACCUCAUUUAUCAACUAAUCCUUUAUUCUCUACAAAUCCAUCAAGAGUUUUAAAUCGUAAACAAUUACUUUCAAUUCUAACAAAUGAAACUUUAAAAUUUAAUACUGAUGAUAUUGUUAAAUUAUUAGGUGAUUCAAAUGUACCUUGUUCACCAAUUAAUUCAAUUGAUAAAGUUGUAAAUCAUAAACAAAUUAAACAUAGAAAUAUGAUUUGGAAUUUACCUUUAAAUGAAAAUAAUAAUAAUAAUUUAAAUAAUAAUAAUUUAAAUAAUAAUAAUAGUAAUAAUAAUUUAAAUAAUAAUAAUAAUAAUAAUAAAAAUAUUCAAAAUGAUAAAGGUGAAUAUAUAAUGAAUUCAAUUAAUUUAAUUGGUAAUCCAAUUCAUUUUAGUGAAACAAAUAUUCAUACACCUUCAAGUAUAAAAAGUAAUAUUCCACCACCUUUUUUAGGUCAACAUACUGAUGAAAUUUUAAAAAAUAUUGGUUUAAAUGAAAAUCAAAUUUUAAAUUUAAAAAAUAAUAAUAUUGUUCAAUAA